GGACCACCUACACACAGACUGUCCUGCGGCCAGUCCCCCUACACUGAAACAACAACAUGGGAAAGGAAAUACUGCAUCUUGACGGACAGCCAGCUGGUGCUGCUCAACAGGGAGAAAGAGGUGCCUAUCGAUGGGGUCCAGGAGCCGCAGGCGGAUGCCACCAAAGGGCGCUGCCUGCGCCGGACGGUGAGCGUCCCCUCCGAGGGCCAAUUCCCCGAGUACCCACCAGAGGGGGCCGCCAAACUAGAGGUCCCAGCAGAGAGAUCUCCUCGCAGACGGAGUAUCUCCGGGACCAGCACCUCUGAGAAAACCAACUCCAUGGAUGCUUCGAAUACUUCUCCUUUCAAAGUGCCAGGCUUCUUCAGUAAACGUCUGAAAGGGUCCAUCAAGAGGACAAAGAGUCAGUCAAAGCUGGACAGGAACACAAGUUUCCGUCUCCCAUCUCUCCGCAAUGCUGAUGACAGAUCACGUGGAUUGCCAAAACUGAAGGAGUCCCGUUCCCAUGAGUCUUUACUGAGUCCAGGCAGCGCUGUGGAGGCCCUGGAUCUUGGGUCAGAAGAAAAAGUCUUUGUCAAACCACUUCACAGCAGUAUCCUUGGACAAGACUUCUGCUUUGAGGUAACCUACUCCAGCGGCAGUAAAUGCUUCAGCUGUUCCUCUGCAGCAGAGAGGGACAAGUGGAUGGAAAACCUACGCAGAACAGUGCAGCCAAAUAAGGACAACUGCCGUCGAGCUGAAAAUGUACUCCGUCUCUGGAUCAUUGAGGCAAAGGACCUGGCCCCCAAGAAGAAAUACUUCUGUGAGCUGUGCCUUGAUGACACUCUCUUUGCCCGCACCACCAGCAAAACAAAAGCAGACAACAUUUUCUGGGGAGAGCACUUUGAGUUCUAUGGUCUCCCACCUCUUCACAGCAUCACAGUUCACAUCUACAAGGAUGUGGAGAAGAAGAAGAAGAAGGACAAGAACAAUUACGUAGGCCUGGUCAACAUUCCCAUGGCCAGUGUAACUGGUCGCCAGUUUGUGGAAAAAUGGUACCCAGUCAGCACACCUACACCCAACAAAGGGAAAUCAGGGGGACCUUCCAUUCGGAUAAAGUCCCGCUAUCAGACCAUCACCAUCUUGCCCAUGGAGCAAUACAAAGAAUUUGCAGAGUUUGUUACCAGCAACUACACUAUGCUGUGCUCUGUGCUGGAACCUGUGAUCAGCGUGAGGAAUAAGGAAGAGAUGGCUUGUGCUUUGGUGCACAUUCUUCAGAGCACUGGGAGAGCUAAGGACUUCUUGACGGAUUUGGUGAUGUCUGAGGUAGAUCGUUGUGGGGAGCAUGAUGUCUUGAUCUUCAGGGAGAACACACUUGCUACCAAAGCUAUUGAGGAAUACCUGAAGUUGGUAGGGCAGAAGUAUCUUCACGAUGCACUAGGGGAGUUUAUCAAGGCUUUGUAUGAGUCAGAUGAAAACUGUGAAGUGGAUCCCAGCAAAUGUUCAUCCAGUGAAUUAACAGAUCAUCAGAGCAACCUGAAAAUGUGUUGUGAGCUGGCCUUCUGCAAGAUUAUCAAUUCUUACUGCGUGUUCCCUCGUGAGCUGAAGGAGGUGUUUGCAUCUUGGAAGCAGCAGUGCCUGAGCAGGGGCAAGCAGGACAUCAGUGAACGCCUGAUCAGUGCCUCCCUCUUCCUCCGCUUCCUGUGCCCCGCUAUCAUGUCCCCCAGCCUCUUUAGCCUCAUGCAGGAGUAUCCCGAUGACCGGACAUCUCGCACACUCACACUUAUUGCUAAAGUCAUUCAGAAUCUCGCCAAUUUUGCUAAGUUUGGUAAUAAGGAAGAGUAUAUGGCCUUCAUGAAUGACUUUUUGGAACAUGAGUGGGGAGGAAUGAAGCGUUUUCUCGUGGAGAUCUCUAAUCCAGAUACCAUCUCAAACAUGCCUGGAUUUGAAGGCUACAUCGACCUGGGCAGAGAGCUCUCAGUUUUGCAUUCCCUCUUAUGGGAGGUUGUGUCCCAACUCGAUAAGGCGACCGUGGCAAAACUGGGACCUCUUCCUCGUAUUCUUGCCGAUAUCACCAAAUCAAUGACCAACCCUACACCGAUACAGCAGCAGCUGAGGCGUUUCACUGAGCACAGCUCUAGUCCAAACGUCAGUGGCAGUCUCUCCUCAGGGCUUCAGAAGAUAUUUGAGGACCCCACUGAUGGUGACUCACAUAAGCUGAAGUCUCCAACCCAGGAAAAUGUAGAUGGAUAUUUUAGGGGCAAGACCUUACUGUUGGUUCAGCAGGCAUCCACCCAGAGCAUGACUUACUCAGAUAAAGAUGAAAGGGAAAGCAUCUUGCCCAAUGGACGUAGCAUCUCUCUCAUGGACCUCCAGGAUCCUCACACAGCUCACAGUGACCAUGCUUCUAUUAUGCACGACGUGCCUUUGCGCUUGGCCGGCAGCCAGCUCUCUAUCACACAAGUGGCGAACAUCAAACAGCUGUGGGAAACUCAGAGCACACCCCAGAGCGCUCCCCAGGUGAGAAGGCCUCUGCACCCGGCUUUGAACCAACAGGGCAGCCUCCAGCCUCUGUCAUUCCAGAACCCGGUUUACCAUCUCAACAACCCAACCCCACCAAUGCCGAAGGCCUCUGUGGACUCCAGCCUGGAGAACCUGAGCACUGCCAGCUCCCAGAGCCGAAGCAACAGCGAAGACUUCAAACUUAGCGGACCCAGCAAUAGCAGCAUGGAGGACUUCACCAAGCGCAGCACGCAGAGUGAGGACUUCUCCCGACGCCACACAGUCCCAGACAAGCACGUCCCCAUCGCGCUGCCCCGCCAGAACAGCAGCAGCCAAGCGCAGAUCCGCAAAAUGGACCAAGCCGGGCUGGGCGCCAGGGCCAAAGCACCGCAAUCCUUGCCACACAGCGCUUCCUUGCGGAGCACGGGCAGCAUGUCAGGAGUGUCGGGGGCCAUUGGGACUGAACCCAUUCAGAAUGGAAGCCGGUCCCGGCAGCAGUCCUCAUCUUCUAGAGAGAGCCCUGUCCCAAAAGUGAGGGCAAUUCAGAGGCAACAAACGCAGCAGGUUCAGUCACCUGUGGACUCUGCCACAAUGUCACCAGUGGAAAGGACAGCUGCCUGGGUUCUCAAUAAUGGACAGUAUGAAGAAGUAGAGGAGGACGCAGAGCAGAAUCCAGAUGAAAUCAAGCAUGCUGAGAAGUAUGAACAAGAGAUAGCGAAGCUGAAGGAGCGCCUGAAGGUGUCAAGUCGCCGGCUGGAAGAGUAUGAGCGGCGGCUCCUGGUGCAAGAGCAGCAAAUGCAGAAGCUGCUGAUGGAGUACAAGUCUAGACUGGAAGACAGUGAGGAGAGACUGCGCAGGCAACAGGAGGAGAAGGACAGCCAGAUGAAAAGUAUCAUCAGCAGACUCAUGGCAGUUGAAGAGGAGCUGAAGAAGGAUCAUGCAGAGAUGCAAGCUGUCAUCGAUGCGAAGCAGAAAAUUAUUGAUGCACAGGAGAAGCGGAUCGUGUCCCUGGACUCUGCCAACACGCGGCUGAUGAGUGCCCUGACGCAGGUGAAGGAGCGCUACAGCAUGCAAGUCCGCAAUGGCAUCUCCCCCACCAAUCCCACCAAGCUUUCCAUCACGGAGAAUGGUGAAUUCAAAAACAGCAGCUGCUAA